AUGGCAUUGCCUCUCCCGCCAGGGCUGACGCCCCCAGAGAUUGCAUUUCUAUGUGAAAUGGAGCUCGUCACCAUCAUACCCCGCCAAAGACUCGAGGGUCUUGAGCUUCUUGGGGGACCUAUACGACCUUUGAAUCCUCCCCAUAGAGCCAAUGUGCCUCUCUGGCUCGCCCUGUUGCUCAAACGUCAACGACGCGCAAAUAUCCUUCCUCCACCAUGGCUGAAUACCCACUCUCUUACCGCAAUCCUCGAGCACGAAACAGACCAUGCAGAGACCUUCUCCCCACCUCCACGACUACCUCCGCAACCCUCGAACAAUACCCUCCCUAUCUCCCCGCCCUUCUUGUCCAAUUCGACAGCAGAUGGAGCACCAGAUGCUCUGCCUUACCACUGGCUCGAGCUAGGCGAGAUGUUAUUGGAGACAGCCUCAGAUGACUUUGAAGACCCAGACAACGUACGAAAACUAUUAAGGGGACUCAGGGAAGUACGCAUGGCAAAACUAAGAAGCGGAGUGGACGUGCUAGAUGCAGGAGGUGGCUUCAAAAUGAAUGGUGUUGGGGGUAUGGAGGUUGGAGAGGGUAGAUCAUUCAUUACUGGAGUGAUUGAUGGGUUAAGGAAAAUCGCAGCUUCACGGGAACAACAGCGCAAGGACCGAGAUCGAGAAGAGCUGGAGAAUGGAUACUCGGGCGCGGCCGACUAUGAUGACGACGAAAUGGAUAUGCAAUGA